AUGUCUUUAAAAGGAGGAGAUGGUGUGAGAAAGAAGAUUAUGUCGGUGAGUACGAAUAUGUUCAGUGAAUGGUGUAUAGCUCGUGAUGAUCCAAUUGAGCAUAUACCAUCUGAUGUGUCAAUCAACUCCAUUUUGAAGAAACCUCUUGAUUUUAUCAAGUCACAUUAUCUCAAUUUCUUGGCAGCUUGGAACUUUAACAAGAAAGCUAAGAGGAAGCCAAUACUUUAA